AAACCCCAAAGGCGUCCUCACAGCCUCACAGCCUCACGCAGGAGCUCAACCCGCAACUUUUUUCUUUCUACUGCGUUUUUCUGCCCCUGAACAAGGCUGCACCUGAUCCUGCUGCUGCCUGGUUCUGAGACGUUUCUGCUUUUUUUUUAAAAAAACAAACAGGACAUCUUUGAUUUAUUCUAACUUCCUCUUUUCACCUGAAAAGUAGACAAAGAACUUUCAGCACCGCAUUACCAGGGCACCUGCACAACAAGGGCCACUCAUCUAACGGAGGACACCAAGAGCACCUCGGGAGCUCCAACAGUUUUCAAAAUUUUCUCCAACUUCGGCCCUCAAACAAACAUUAGCAUGAUGUCGUAUCUAAAGCAACCACCUUACACAGUCAAUGGCCUGAGCUUAACCACGUCCGGGAUGGACCUUUUACAUCCAUCUGUUGGCUAUCCAGCCACACCACGGAAACAGAGGCGAGAAAGGACUACUUUUACGCGCGCACAGCUGGACGUUUUGGAGGCGUUGUUCGCUAAAACUCGGUACCCGGACAUAUUCAUGCGCGAGGAGGUAGCGCUGAAAAUCAACCUACCUGAAUCCAGAGUACAGGUGUGGUUUAAGAACAGGCGGGCAAAGUGUCGCCAGCAGCAGCAGCAGCAGCAGAACGGGGGGCAGAAUAAGGUGCGACCCCCCAAAAAGAAAAGCUCUCCAACCAGAGAGGUGAGCUCGGAGAGCGGAGCCAGCGGCCAGUUCACCCCCCCCACCAGCACCACCACCGUCCCGGCCAUCUCCACCAGCACCGCCCCGGUGUCCAUCUGGAGUCCGGCGUCCAUCUCUCCCCUCUCUGACCCGCUGUCUACCUCCUCCUCCUGCAUGCAGAGGUCCUACCCCAUGACCUACACUCAGGCCUCGGGCUACAGCCAGGGCUACGCCGGGUCGACGUCCUACUUCGGGGGCAUGGACUGCGGCUCUUACCUCACUCCCAUGCACCACCAGCUGUCCGGCCCCGGGUCGACCCUCAGUCCGAUGAGCACGAACGCGGUCACAAGCCAUCUGAACCAGUCCCCGGCGUCCCUGUCCACCCAGGGCUACGGGACGUCCGGCCUGGGCUUCAACUCCACAGCAGACUGCUUGGAUUAUAAGGACCAGGCUGCCUCCUGGAAGCUGAACUUCAAUGCCGAUUGCUUGGAUUAUAAGGAUCAAACAUCCUCGUGGAAAUUCCAGGUCCUGUGAACAGAGCGAUCAGCUGUAGAAAAAAAAAAAGUGCACGAACAGUGACGACCACACGAAACCAAGCGCUGCCAUUCCUCAAUAAAACACACAAUCUGACUGGUAGAAAGUGGGCCCAGGAAGGGCUCUCGCGGGGCCUUGAGUUUUUUUGUUUUUUUGUUUUUGGCAUGACGGUCUUCGGUCCUCCUAGAGGAAAAGGUUUAAUUUAUUUUAGCUCUGGCUUCCUCAGUUCAUUACCAAGUUGUAGCCCUUCAUCCAUGCCGGUCAGUGUGUGUCUCUGUGCGCAAAACACACCUGUUGAGGACAAGACAGAGCAAAGCCGGAAAGAAAAGUACUUCUCAGCCACGGAACUAAAAAACCCACAAAAAAAAAACCAAAAAAAAAAAAACUCGAGUUAAUUUAGCUGAAGUGCUCGGAAUGGAAAAACCUCCUUAAAUCUUCUUUCAAAGCUUUUGCCGGACUGCUGGCAGAGAGACACGAGGGUGGUGUGUGGACAUGGAUGCACUACUUUAUUUAAGAAAAAAAAAGUGUUUAUAAGGAAUCGAUAUGUAGUUUCCAAGAGACAAUCAGUGUGCGUCUUAUAUAAAUGGUACAUAUGUGUUUUUUCUUUUUCUUUUUUUUUUCUUUUUUUAUCU